ACCACGGCGUUCGUAUCGCGUACUCGCGUCACGAAAAUGGAUUGUGCUCUGUGUAACAUGUGCUUCUGAGAUUUGGUGAAUAUUUUUGUGACGGACCCGUUGUGUGCAAAAGCAUGAUGCCUCUCGCACCGACCCCUGUGGUGGCGGUGCCAUCGAAGCCGAAAAUAGGAUUUAGUAUAGACAGUAUAGUUGGCGGCUCAGAGAGAGCAAAACAUGCGUCGCCGCCGCUAGCCAGUCCUGGAUCGCCCUCUCCGGUCGCUUCUCCUCGAAGUCCAUCACCGCGCCCUUUAUUACGGCCUAGUGCUUUACCAGCAGUUUUUCCGACUCCUGACUUGAAGAGGCUACCAUACUUGGAUGCUCAGAGUCACCAUCACCAGUUCCUUGCGCACUUUCAAGGCGCCGCGUUAGCCGCUGCACUUGCUCAUCAGCAGCAAGGGUUUGGAGGCCCUAUUCCACCACACCCUCCACCUCAUCCUGCCGCUCCAGUGCCGAGAGAAUCUUAUCAAUUAUAUCCAUGGCUAAUCAACAGGCACGGGAGAAUAUUUCCACACAGGUUUCCUGGAGGUCCAGAUAUACCUGGGUUCCUCCUGCAACCAUUCAGAAAACCGAAAAGAAUUAGAACCGCCUUCUCUCCAUCACAGCUUCUCAAAUUGGAGCACGCCUUCGAGAAAAAUCAUUACGUGGUCGGGGCGGAGAGAAAACAGCUAGCACAGGCAUUAAGUCUCACAGAAACGCAGGUUAAAGUAUGGUUUCAAAAUAGAAGAACGAAACAUAAAAGAAUGCAGCAAGAAGAAGAAGCAAAGACUGGUACGAAGUCGGGUUCCUCUAACUCUAAACCAGAUGACGGUAAUCAGUUUAAUAAUUCGUAUGAAGAUGAAGAUGAAGAAUUAAUAGAUAUGGACAUGGAUGAAUUAAGUGAAAGUGAAAAUGAGACAUAAUUUUAGUGACUUAGAUUGGACAAAAGUGAUUUAAAUGUAAAUAAUAUAAUAGUAAAUAGCAAUAUCUUUUAUUUAUUUGUGGGUCUGAAUAGGGGUUUAUUCUUUUGCCACGUUUCUAAUUCAGUUUAAAACUGCGUGACUAGAUUUCAUAAAAUUUGUUAGUAUUAAUACUUUUCUGUGAACUUCAACAAACAAAGUUAUUUCUUUUUAUAUUGUAGCUGUAAGAAGCGACCAAUCCAAUGGCACCAAUUUAAAAUACAUUGUCGAGCGAUCAAUUUGUAAACAUGUAUAAGAGUUUAAAAAUGUGGCAACCAUGUCAUUAAAUUAACGGAGCACAUUUCAAAAUGGCGUUACGAGAUCUUGUUAGCGCUUCAUGAAUUAUUAGAUAACGAAAUUGGCCGUAUUAUAAUAGUUUUGGGGCUAAAUUAAUUAAAAAUUCUUUUUUUUGGGCGUCCCUCCAAUGAUGUGGGUAUAAUUAGACAUUUAGAUUUAAAAUUCCGAUAGGCGGGGUUAAAGUUGCGUUAAAAAAGGAACAAUUCGAGUGUCAACUUAGAAUUCUUGAAGAGAAACGAUUUAUAUCCUGAUAGCGAGAAAGGAUGUAUUUAGAAGGAAAAAUUAAACGUUUCGAUAUAAAUGACAAUUAUUAAUUGACACUUAAAACAAAUGCAAAUACUUAGGCAUGCUUUUACAUACUUACAGACCACGAACUGAAUUUGGACUGUAAUUAUAUAUAUAUAUAUAUAUAACUCCAGAAAUAUCUUAAAUUAAAGCUUAUAGGUUGUUUUUAAUGUCAAUUACAUAAUUUAUUGCACUUAUCUUACAGGUAUGAUAUUUUUAAAUUACCUAACAGAAUUUUGAUUAAUAUUGAGUAGAUAUACCUACUUCAUUGUUGACUUCUAAUAAAAUGCAUUACAAAAUUAUCAUGGGCCAGGAUCGCAUUUAGUUAAUAAUUGUCGGCGACGGCUCCAAAUUAUUUUAAACUGUUGACGAUCGUUCUUAACGGCCAUUUGUCUAUGGUUUCUGACUUUAUGAUUAAGAUCUAUCUAUGGUCUGAUUGGUGCUUUCACACUAAAAGUCACGGUUCGCAGUGCUCCAUACAAUUAUAACGCUGUUAUUGCCUUUUGUUCAGUUUUCCUAAUAUUCCCUCGAUGUUCUGUAACAAAAAAAAUAAUAUCAUAAAAUUUCCUACAUAGCAUAGUAUCGUAUAAUAUGUUAUUAUUUAUAAUUAGAGUAUUUUAAUAUAAUACGUGCCGAACUACGCUUUUUAAAUCUCAAUACAUAACAAUAUUAUGAAUUACAGUUUGUAGAUAUAUUUAUUGAACAUAUGUAAUAUUUUUUAUUGUUAUUUUUAGAUGAUACCUAUUAUAUUGGAAUACAGACUAGACCACAUUCUAGAUCAAAAUUAGGAACUUUAGAAUCGGUUUUUAAAUGACAUAUUCGUAAAAUAAACUUUAAAAAGCAAAAUGUUAGCCGUUACAACUCCGUUCGACACGCUCGUUUGCUAUUCUAUUAAUCGUCUGAUUUUGUCGU